UGAGCAUCAACGUGUUGGUCCCCAUAUUACUAAAGUAACCAGCAGCAGUUAUGCCUCUAAUAGUAAUGUGCGGAUACCCGUGUAGUGGUAAAACACGGAGGGCAGAAGAACUGAAGGCGCAUUUUGAAGAGACGACCGACCGACAGGUUCACAUUGUUGGAGACCGAGCUCUGGGCGUUGAUAGAAACAGUGUUUAUGCAGAUUCCCAAAAAGAGAAAGAUACAAGAGCAUCUCUAAAAGCUGAAGUCGAGAGGAAGGUCAAUAAGGACAACAUUGUAAUUUUAGACUCAUUGAAUUACAUAAAAGGUUACCGCUACGAAUUGUUCUGUCUGACGAAGCAUGCACAGACACCACACUGCCUGGUGCACUGCUUGACAUCAGGUGAAGAAAGCUCAUUGUGGAACAGAAACAGAGAAGCUGCAGAGCAGUACAGCCAGGACAUCUUUGAUGCACUAGUUCAGAGGUUUGAAGCACCAGACUCCAGGAACAGAUGGGACAGUCCUCUCUUCACUGUCCUCAAAGAGGACGUUCUUCCUCUUGAAGCCGUUUCUGAUGCACUUUUUAAGAGAAGAGCUCCCCCACCUAAUCAGUCCACCCAGAGUCAACCCCUCUCUUCAACAAACUUCCUGUAUGAGUUAGACAAAAUUACGCAGGAUGUUUUAAUGGCUAUUUUUAACACCCAGAAAACAAGUGUUCCUGGAGACCUUAUCUCAGUUCCAGGAGCUACAGAAAAGAUAUCCUUUUUGUUUCGAACCAAGGUGAUAGUUUUUUUUCUAACUGCUGUGAUGUCACAGUUCCAGAUGGCAGGUCAUCAUCAAAGACCCCAUACACGCUCCUGAACUGAAGGCAGAGCAGAAAGCCAAGGUAAAGGUCUCGUCUGUAAUAAAAUGCUGAGAGACGUGAUUGGUAGAAAGCGGCCAAGGCUCCGGGAGACGCUCCUUCUCAGAAGCAAACACUUUGAUUAUUUUUUCAUCUUUGAACACGUCCAUCAGAGCAGGAGCUGAUUUAAAAGCUCUGUGUCGGUCUGCCUGCAGUGAUGGGUCCACAUUACGUCGGUAACAUUUUUGCUGUGUGGCUGUGCAGCUUUCAUGUAGGUGCUUUAGAAACACAAACUUUCUGUCUGGUUCUCUGAACAACUUUAUAUCCUUAACGCAUAAAUGAAACGUGGAGCUGACCAGGACCGUCAACAUGGCCGAGCUGAGGAAACUACGGCGCCAGUUCAUCAGUUACAGCAAGAUGCACCCGACGGAGAAAACGGGGCAGAUUGCCAACAUGUUU